CCAUAAGAUAUGUAUUUAUGUUUGGAAUCAAACGCGAAGUUUCAACUUUAUCUACACAGAAUGUUCCAUAAUGUGAAGCGAGAGAAGCUCAACCAGGAGGCAAGAGUAGCCAAAAUCGAAAAGGACAAGCCCAAGAUAGAAUCGUACUUGAGUCUUCAGUCGCUUGUGUUCGAAGCCAGGCAAAAUCACCAGUACACGGUGGAGUCAUUGAAUAAAACAACAGACUUGUUGAUGAUAAACCCUGAAUUUUACACAAUAUGGAACAUCAGAAGAGAGACAUUGUUGGAGCUUUUUGCUCAGAAACAAUUGGAUAAAGUCAAAACCCUUGAGGAUGACUUGAAGAUGAUCAUGGUGUUAUUCAGGAGGUUUCCUAAAUGCUAUUGGAUAUAUAAUCACAGACUAUGGUGCUUGAGGUGUUUGGGUCAGAGCGCCAAUUGGCAGGUGGAGUUGGCCAUUGUGUCCAAAUUGCUAAGUGUUGACCAGAGGAAUUUCCAUGGUUGGCACUUGAGGAGAAUCGUGGUGCACAACUACGAAGUGCAAACCCCCAAGACCCCACAAGAACUAUUGUCUAUCUACAUCAAAGAGUUCGAAUUCACUACCUCCAAAGUGAACCAAAACAUAUCGAACUUUUCUGCAUGGCACAACCGAUCCAAGUUGAUCCCCAAGAUAUACAAGUACUAUCAGGAAGUUGACAGUGAAUUCAUCGACCAAGCGGAGGAUUUGAACAAAUACACCCAGGUGUUUCUGAGCCGAUUGUCCUUGUUACAGCACGAGAUCAAGUUGAUUAACACGGGAAUGUAUGUGGAUGUGGACGACACAUCUGUGUGGCUCUACUUAUAUUGGCUUCUCAGCGAUGAAUUUUUCACUGAGCACUUGGAUAAGCAAGUGUAUCAAAGGACUCUAGAGGAGCAGUUGGAAAUAAUCAGAGAGCUCAACGAGUUAGAGAAAGAUGACAAUGGGAAAGACAACUGCUGGUGUUUGAAAACUAUGAUCUUGAUCAAAUGUCUUUUAGCCAAUGUGCACAAUAACAAUUCAGCUCCACUGGAUCUUCUCACAGACGAAAUUAAGUCUUUUCUUGAGAUAUUGGCUGAUAUAGACCCGUUGAGAAAAGGUAAGUACCUUGACCAACUUCACGGGAAGGCCGAGCUUUUAUACUAAUAUCUAUACCUUUGUCAUAGUCUGAGUGUUCAUUAGGAUGUAAUGUAGAUACGACAGCUCGAUUUGAGAUUAUUCGCAUAUCGCGCUGAUGAGAUGAGGUAAAUUUUUCAAAUCUGCAACUAUGGGAAGCACUAAAAUCAGAGGAAGAAGAAC